GCGGACGGCUGGAGAGGCCCGGGCGGUGGCGGCGGCGGCGGCGGCUCGGGGCGCGAGGCGGCGGCGGCCACGCUCCGGCCGGGUCCCCGCUGCUCCAGGCGGCGCCAUGGACGAGGCCGUGGGCGACCUGAAGCAGGCGCUGCCCUGCGUGGCCGAGGCGCCGACCGUCCACGUGGAGGUGCACCAGCGGAGCGGCAGCACUGCCAAAAAAGAAGAUAUAAAGCUGAGCGUUAGAAAGCUGCUCAACAGACAUAACAUUGUGUUUGGUGACUACACGUGGACCGAGUUUGAUGAUCCUUUUCUGAGCAGAAACGUGCAGUCUGUGUCUAUUGUUGACACAGAGUUGAAGGUUAAAGACCCACAGCCCAUCGACUUGGGUGCCUGCACGAUUUCACUUCACGUCUUCCAGCUGAAUGAGGGCGGCCCCAGCAGUGAGACUCUGGAGGAGGAGACCGAGAACAUAACUGCCGCGAGUCACUGGGUCCUGCCCGCAGCUGAAUUCCAUGGGCUUUGGGACAGCCUGGUAUAUGAUGUGGAAGUCAAAUCUCAUCUCCUCGAUUACGUGAUGACAACCUUGCUGUUUUCAGACAAGAACGUCGACAGCAAUCUCAUCACCUGGAACCGGGUGGUGCUGCUUCACGGUCCUCCGGGAACUGGAAAAACAUCCCUGUGUAAGGCACUAGCCCAGAAAUUGACCAUCAGACUUUCGAGCAGGUACCGGUACGGCCAAUUAAUUGAAAUAAACAGCCACAGCCUCUUCUCUAAGUGGUUUUCGGAAAGUGGCAAGCUGGUAACGAAGAUGUUCCAGAAGAUUCAGGACUUGAUUGAUGACAGAGAUGCGCUGGUAUUUGUGCUGAUUGAUGAGGUGGAGAGCCUCACGGCCGCCCGCAACGCUUGCAGAGCAGGUACCGAGCCGUCAGAUGCCAUCCGUGUGGUCAACGCUGUCUUAACCCAGAUCGAUCAGAUUAAGAGGCACUGCAAUGUGGUGAUUCUGACCACUUCCAACAUCACGGAGAGGAUCGACGUGGCCUUCGUGGACAGGGCUGACAUCAGGCAGUACAUCGGACCGCCCUCUGCAGCAGCCAUCUUCAAAAUCUACCUCUCCUGUCUGGAAGAACUGAUGAAGGUACGGGGCAUUUUUGCUUCCCACCGGGCUUCUCGUGUGUCCUUAGUCGCCAAUUCCGAGAUGGGAUGAGUUCCUUGAACGUGGUAUUAACCAUCUUAGGUCGAAAACUGCAGUUGGUGUGUUUUGUAGGUUGAGCUGAUAGUUGAAAUUAUUGGGAUGCCUGGGUGGCUCAGUCAGUUGAGCGUCUGACUUGGGCUCAGGUCACGA